AUGUUCAAGUUCUUCGCUGCCGUCUUCCUCGCCGUGGUUGCCUGCGUUGCCGCCAAGCCUGGAAUUGUUGCACCACUCGCCUACUCCGCCCCGUUGGUGGCUGCAGCGCCUGCUGCUGCUGUUUACAGCACCGAAUAUCAUGGCAACUUUGCGGCACCCUAUGUGGCAUCGCCGUACGUGGCCUCGCCCUAUGUGGCAUCGCCGUAUGUGGCCUCGCCCUAUCUGGCAUCGCCCUAUGCAGCUCCUCUGCUGCUGAAGAAGUAG